UUCAUGUACCUGUUUUCAAACAAUUUUUUAAAAACCAGCUAGAAUGGCAGCCUGUCCUAGGCGUCUGUCAAGUGGUAUUGGUGUACGUGGAAGAACUGAUAUUCCCAAAGAUAACCGGCCACUUGAUGACAAGAGGUACCAAAACAAGUGCAUUGGACAGUUAUUACAGUUCCUACAUGAACAUCAGUAUCCAUAUCCUGUAUCUAACAAGCUUCUAGCAUCUCCAAGUUGGAAGGAUUUUUAUCAAAUAUUUGAGUUUAUAUGCAGCAAAUUAAAUGAUGGCUACAUAAUUUCUUCAAAACAAGAAGUGCCUAGUGUUUUGAGACAGCUUGGGUACCCCUACACAAUAUCAAAAUCAUUUAUGUUAUCUGUUGGUACACCUCACACUUGGCCCCAGUUGUUGGCUGCACUCAUUUGGAUGAUUGACUUAUUGAAGAUGAAAGAAAAUAUUCCUGCAAAUGGAGACCUUGAUUCCUAUAUUUUUGGAGUGACUGGUGAAGAUUUUGAUAGGAAUUUAGAGGUCAAGCUAGCUUUUGACUACUGUAAAAAAACUUAUUUAGCCUACAUGUCUGGGGCUGACAGCUAUGAAAGCUUUGAUGAAGAGCUCAAGCAAAUGCUAGUUGCAAUGUAUUUUGGUGGCAAUUACCAAGAGAACAUUCAUGAAAAUAUUACUAUUGAACAAGAAUUAACUAUUUUGGAGCAAGCAGAGGAAAGAUGUUCCAAGAUUAAAGAUCACAUUGGAAUGCUGAAUCAUGAUAUAAAUGUGUUACAAGCUUAUAUAGAAGAUAUGCGUAGAUACAGAAAAGCUCAAGAAAUUGAAGUGCAAACCAAAAGUGAAGAAUGUUAUAUGUUGAAGUUGGAUCUGCAAGCAGAAAUGGAUAGAUUAAUUAGAUUGUCUCAAAUGCUGGAAAUCCACAAAAGUCAAGAUCUGAGCCUAUCUGAUAUAGAGAGACUGAAAGCAGAGCGAGAAGGACUCAAACAACAGGUGGAGCAGCUGGAAAAACAAAUCGCUAACAUUGACCUGAACAUCUGGAACUUGUCAAUUGAACAAGCCAAAUUAAAUGAGAAGGUUGAUGAAGAAGCCAUAACUUACAACAUACUGGCUAUUGAAUGCAAACUGGUCCCUGAGACAGCAGAACAUGCACAAGGUCAAGAUUUUAGACUUCGUCCUGGUGUCAGCUCUGACCCAGUUUCUGAUUUUGAGAAAAAAGUCCAGCCCAAACUGACUUCUAUGAGGAAGUGCUGUCAAGAGUCCAUUGGCAAAACAAAAAAAUCUAUCUUCCAGCUAGCAAAUGAAAAUGAGCAGUUUCAAGAAGUGCUAAGUGCAAGAAGGGAUAAAAUUGUCAAGUUACAGAAGGAAUUAAUAUCUGUUGAGUCUAAUAUAGAACAAAUGAAACAGAUGUCUAAUUCAGACAAAAAAUCACAAGUCAGUGAGAUAGAUGCAUUAGAGCUAGAUGUUGUACAGCUGGAGUCUUCUUGCAAGCAGCUUGUGUCAGAAAAAAUCCAAUUGUCAGAAGAAUGUUCUUCCCGCAGUAAAAGUUUAAAUAGGCUGAUAGAAAAAACAGAUAAAGAAAUUUCUAAGAUCAUUUGUGAGCGGGGAAAAAACAAAAAAGAGUGUUUUCUAAAGGUGGAGAUGAAUGGGUUUGUUGAAUACCUGAAGACCAAACGUGCAGAAGUUGCAGAAAGGGUGAACAAGCUUAGAACAGAAGCCCAUUAG